AAUUUUAACAUACGGUAAGUACUACACCUCUACUAUUACUACUACAAUUACUUCUCAUUAAUAUGAUGAAUAUUUUCAUGAAUGUAGUAUCACAAAUUCAUAAAUUAAAACAUGCGAGAUUUUUAUAAAAUAACCGUUCAUAUGGAAUAUACUAUUAUGCUUCAUAUUACCAAUUAUAUACCAAGAGGGGAUAAUAAAAUGAAUAACAUGUAUGCCAAGAGAUGAAGUUAUGACUUUUAAACAUUUGAAUAGACGCGGGAGAAAAAAAAAGUUUAAUUUAAACAAACGUCAUUGUUGAAGGCAAAUGUGAAUCACUUCAAGAUGUCCCCAAUGAAUCAGAGUAUGAAUCAAAGUAUGGAAUUAUUAUUAUUAUUUUCAAUGCCUAUUGAAAAUACUAUGAUUAUAAUCGGUGUUCUUUUAACCAGUAUUUCUAUUGGUACAGUAUUGGGUAAUCUAUUAGUUGUUUUAGCGAUUGGUUUAGUAAAGAAAUUGCGUACACCGAGUAAUUUUUUAAUUGUUAGCUUAGCAAUUAGUGAUCUACUUGUCGGUUUAUUAGUUCUACCUUUUGCUACAUUACGUGAAUUGCAUAGAUAUUGGCCAUUAGGUGAAGGUAUGUGUGAUAUGUUCAUUUCAUUCGAUGUUUUAAUGUGUACAGCGUCAAUUUUAAAUUUAUGCGCUAUAUCAAUUGAUCGAUAUUUAGCAAUUACUCGACCAUUACAAUAUGCUGCAAAACGUACACCAAAACGUAUGAUGUUAAUGAUAUUAUUAGUAUGGUUAUUAUCAGCAUUAAUAAGUAUUCCACCAAUGUUUGGCUUUAAAGAGACAUUUAUUCCUGGUAUAUGUGAGUAUAGUUCAAAUAUGAUUUAUCAAGUUUAUGCUACUUGGGGUGCAUUUUAUAUUCCAUUAAUUGUUAUGCUUAUAUUAUAUGGACGUAUAUUAAUGUUGGCGCGUAAUAUGGCACGAGCAGAUGCUAAACAAAAACUUGUCACUGAAUCCAUUACAAAAUCAUCAACAUUCAGUUAUACACAAUAUAAUGUUAAUACUUCAGUUGAAAGUGAAUACAAUAAUAAUAAUAAUAAUAAUAAUAAUAAUAAUAAUAAUAAUAAUAAUGAACCAUUGAAAAUUGAACACUAUGAAAAAUCACAACACUCUACAACAGGAAAUAAAUCGGUUGGAUCAUUACCUCAACAAACUGAACAAUUCAGUAAUGGUAUCCAGAUAAAAGAGAGAUAUCCUUUACCACCAUCAGAGUUAUGCCGACGUCGUAAACCACGUCCAUUAAGAAGACUUAGUUAUGAUGAUGAAAUUAAUCAAAAAUCAAUAAAUAUAUUAAAUCAAUAUGUUAAAAAAUCACAUAUUCUAUCUGAAUCAUCAUCAAUGAUGUCAUCUGUUGAACAAUUUCAACAACAUGUUAAAGAAAUACAACAUUUAAGAGCAGAAUUUUUUGAUGCACCAUAUACACGACAUUCAAUUACUAUAAAUUUAAAAAAUCGAUUUCAUGAUCAAAAAAAUAAUGAAGAGAAUUUAACUUUUCAUGAUUAUACUACUACUACUACUACUAGUACUACUAAUGCUGUUGAUAGUAGUAUCUAUCAACCAAUGAGUUAUCUGUCUAAAAAUGACACUUAUCAAUUAACUGAUACAAAUCGAUCAAGAAAUUCUGUAUUUUCACCGCCUUUACUUUCAAUAUCGCAUUAUUUUGAUGAAUCUAGUCAUAUGAAUAGUUUAUCAGAGAUCUCAGAAGUUGUUCCACAUGUGUACUCUAACAAUAUACCUAUUGGUAAUAUGCAUAAUCAAAAUAGUAAUCAUAUUAAUCCAGAGGAUUUAAAUAGGAAUUUCAUGUUACUAUCAGCAUCACAAGAAACGACACCAUUAAUAGUCAAUGAUAUUGGUAAAUUGUCCACAUCAGCAACAACAGUCAGUGGAAGAAGGGAUGUUUACUCUCCACUAUCAUUUCACUGUACACCGACACUACCAUCGACAGUAGCGGAGGCAACAGCAUCAGUAGUAUCAACGCAAUCAUCGAUAACAACAACUACACUAUCAAUGCAUAUACCACGUCCACGACAAAGACCAUUUUAUACACCGAGAAGAUCAUUCACCACCACGAAUGAAUAUCUACAAAGGAAUCGUCCACUUCUUUUAGGUCUACCCGAUUACAGUACUGACAGACGAUGCAGUUCACCGUCAACUUCACAUGGUUUCCCCUGGAAUCAACUGACUAAUCGUAAUAUAAGGAAUAAGGUACAACAGUCACUGGGUCAGAUGACAACCGCACAGACCGAAACCACUACAACUACUAUCACUAAUGAUAAUACUAAUACUACUACUACUAAUAAUAAUAGUAGUAAUGCUAAUCAUAAUAACGUCAUAAAAGCGAACAACAAUUAUCCAACUCAAAAAUUAUAUGAAUCUGAUCAGACGACCAAUUUUAAUAUGACAACACAUCGUGGAAGUCGUACACCCAGUUGGGCAUUUAGUAAAUUACCAGUGAAAAAACGUCAUUCACGUCAUCAAAAUGAAUCAAAAGCGGUUAAGACACUCGGAGUUAUUAUGGGAUGCUUUUGUCUAUGCUGGUUACCAUUCUUUAUUAUCGCUUUGGUUGCUCCAAUCAUCAAAGUGAUAACUGGAAAUGAUCUAGAGGUUCCCGAUGCAGUACGAAGUAUAUUCCUAUGGUUAGGUUAUAUCAAUUCAACUAUCAAUCCAGUUAUCUAUGUGAUAUUCAAUCGUGAUUUUCGACUACCAUUUCGGGAAAUACUUUUAUGCCGAUGUCGUGGUAUAAAUGCACGUUUAAGAUCACAGAAAUAUGCUUUAGAAUAUGGUGUAGCAACUUCAAAUGCAAGUGGAGUUGGUACCGGUGGUGGUGGAGUUGGUGGUGGAUAUAGCAUUUCUGGUCCAUCAAUAACAACUAAUAUGGAGAAUAAUGUGAAUAAUUCAACUGUUGGAAUCGGUGCUAUCGGAACGCGUAGUGGUAGUACUUACUUUCUAAAUAAACGUAAAUCUCAAAUCAAUUCACUUAACAGUAUUGGUAAUAGUAAUAAUAAUAAUAAUAAUAAUAAUACCAGUCAUUAUUUCGAUCGUCUGAGAAGUCAUACUAAUCUCAUUUUUAGGCAGUCAAGUCAAGUAGACAAUUUAAAUUUACCAGCUGGGCGAUAUAAUCGUCGUCAGAGUGGAUCUGUAUCAUUUUAUCGAUGAUAAUUUCUUUUUCCUCUUUUUUGUUCAUUAUAAAUUAACCAGUGAUCAAUCAAUGAUCAAUGUCUUUCAUUUAUUAAAAUUAUUCACAAGAAAGAAAAAUCUACUUGCUUGUCAUUUGAUUAUCAACUAGAUUUAGAAGUAUAUCUGAUUUCUCUUGCUUUAUCCCCCUCUUCUUUUUUUUUGUAGCCUUUUUGUUUAAAUGAAUCAAUUCCAUUUUUUUAAGGUCAUACAUUUGACCUUGAUCAUCUUUGCUUUUCUUCUACAAUGUUUUGGCAUUAGUUUUUCUCUCCUACUUCUAUAUCUUCUACCUCUAGUUCAUUAUUGUCAGCAAAUAUUUUCGUAAAAAAUAGUUUUUUUUAAUUUUUAUUUCUCAGCCAAUUCAAAUGAUGCACACACACACACACACACACAAUGACUCAAUGAUAUAUUCAUUUGUAUAAGACGGUUAGAAGAAAACUGUAUUGUUCACUUAAGACACAUAUGGAAUACGAAUUUAGGUAACUGAUUCAUUAGUUUGAUGAGAUGUAUUCAUGAAUGUUUUGAGUCAUUGGUUCAUUUAUUUAUUGAUUUAUUAGCUGACUACAACAUAUACACUACUAUCAACUAUUAUGUAUAUGUAUCGUUUAUAAUAAUGUUAUUACUUCACAGUGUAAAUGAUGAUGGUGAAGAUAAAGGAAUAGUUCAAUUUGGUCAAUUGCUUCAUCUGACUAUCCUUCUUGAUCAGUAUAAUGAGUGAAAAAAAAGAGGAAAAAUUGUAUUGAACUUUGAAUUCAUCUUGUACUCGUAUUUAUUAUGGCUUACCUAUUCCACUGUGUUACUGCUCAUCACUUUUUCUCCGGUACACUAAUUCAAUUAUUCUUUCAACUGUAGAAAAAGAAAAACUGAAACAUAAUCCAUCUAAAAUGUAUUUUUCAAUUAUAUUUUACAUUCGAUAGCCUAUUAAAUGUGUAAGUAUACUUGUGUAUAAUAAAAGAAAGAGGUUAAAUAGACAAGAGGAUUGUAUGUGAUUAAACGAUACGGUGUACUUUCUUCUUCGUCUUUCUACUGAACAUUUUCAUUUCAUCAUUCAGUUUCAAUAAAUAAACAUACACUUGAUCAUUCACACACACAUUUUCAAAGCAUCGUUCCCUUCUUCUUGUUACUCUGUCUCCCGUGCCCCCUAUUCACCCAACCUUCGAUCAGUGACAACAUAAUAAUCCUUAAGUACAUGAGUUGUAGAUAUUCCUUCAUUAUUGCUUAUCUGGCUAAAUACUCUCGACAAUAUGGAAUGAAAGGUGAUCAUCAUCAGCAUCAUCAUCAUCAUCACUGUAUAUUUCAUUGGAAAGUGUUUACUUCAUUUCUGUUAAUAUAUCGAUGGGAUGAUGUAUGUGCUCAUUUCUUUUCGAUUUAGAUUUUUUUUUCUAUUCUCUGUUUUUGAAUGCUACCUUCACCUUUCUUCAUGCCUUUUCUCUUAUUUGUCUACUUUUCUUCCAUUAUAUUCAUCUCUCCUAUUCUUUUAUUGACUCCAAUUUUAUAUUUAUAAUAAAAAGGCAUCUUUCAUAAAGUAUCAUAUUGAUAAUGCAUAAAGAUUAUACUGAGUACAAUUUUUACCCAUAUCUACGUGAUACGAUGCCAAAAAAGUUAAUCAAUAUAGAUCGGUAAUAGUC